UCAAGGUCAUUCGGUUCUAGGGCAGACGAAGUCUGUAGUUGAAUGUUUCGUAGCGUUUUUCGUACAAGCAAAGCACUGCUACUGCUUGAGAAAAACCAAAAUGUUGCGAGUACACGGGAGGGUCAAAGCUGAGGCACUGUGCACUUUCAAAAAGGUGUGCUUGCCAGCUGCCUCAGUGAGAGGAUUCCACCAGGAGCCCUUACAUCCAGAAUGGAGAGAGUUAGCCAAGAAGCAACUGAAGGGGAAGGACCCACAAGAAACCUUGAUAUGGCACACUCCAGAGGGUAUUGAUGUGAAGCCACUGUAUACCAAGCAGGACACAGCCAGGAUGGUGGAUGAGCUGCCUGGGAAGUUUCCAUACACCAGGGGACCCUAUCCAACUAUGUAUGCACAGAGACCCUGGACUAUCAGACAGUAUGCAGGGUUUAGCACAGUGGAAGAGAGCAACAAGUUCUACAGAGAAAACAUUGCUGCAGGACAGCAGGGUCUUAGCGUGGCUUUUGAUUUGCCCACACACAGAGGCUAUGACUCGGACAACCCGCGAGCAUCGGGGGAUGUGGGGAUGGCUGGAGUCGCCAUUGACUCUGUGGAGGAUACUAAGUUACUAUUUGACGGUAUUCCACUGGGGAAGAUCUCCACAUCUAUGACAAUGAAUGGAGCUGUGCUGCCCAUACUGGCUAUGUAUGUGGUGUCUGCUGAAGAACAAGGUGUGAAGCAAGAACAACUCACUGGUACCAUUCAGAAUGACAUUCUCAAAGAGUUCAUGGUCCGGAACACGUACAUCUUCCCACCUGAACCAUCUAUGAAGAGUAUUGCUGAUAUUUUCUCCUAUACGGCUCAUAACAUGCCCAAGUUUAACUCCAUCUCCAUCUCGGGCUACCACAUGCAGGAAGCAGGGGCUGAUGCUGUAUUGGAGAUGGCUUUCACCAUUGCUGAUGGUUUAGAGUACUGUAGGACAGGUUUAAAAGCAGGCCUGCAUAUUGAUGAAUUUGCUCCUCGCCUGUCAUUUUUCUGGGGCAUUGGGAUGAACUUCAUGAUG